AUGGCGGCGCGGGGCUCCUGGGCCUGCGCCUGCUUCUACACCGACAACGUCUUCCUGCCCCGCUACGGCCUGCACGUGCGCUACCGCGACGGGCCGCAGCUGCGCCGCGACUACGGGCCGGCGCUGAGGAGCCGCGGCUGCAGGAGCGACGAGGAUUUUACCGCGGUGCUGAGCGAGAUUGAGAAAGAAGUGCAGCGAAGGAAGCAAUUAGGUCGUGACGCCAUAGAAAGGAAAGCCAUCAUUUCACAGCAGUACAAAGCAAAGCAUCCAGAAGUGUACGUCCUCCAGGACUCGUUCCUGGCCCCCGAGUUCUUGGAAACCGUGAAGUAUUGCACAUCGCAGGCUGCAGAUCUGCAAGGCCUCCUGUGCCUCCUUGAGGCCUUCUCAGAUAAGAGGAUCUAUCGACUUCCCGUGUUCUCCAAGGAGUUCUGCCGAGUCUUCAUUGAAGAGCUGGAGAACUUUGAGCAGUCCGACAUGCCCAAAGGCAGGCCAAACACAAUGAAUAACUACGGGGUCUUAUUAAAUGAGCUGGGGCUGGAUGAAGCUUUCAUUACACCUCUGCGUGAGAAAUACCUGCAGCCUAUCACAGCGCUGCUCUACCCAGACCUGGGAGGAGAUUCCCUGGACAGCCACAAAGCCUUUGUUGUCAAGUAUGCACUACACCAAGAUCUGGACUUGAGCUGCCACUAUGACAACGCUGAAGUCACUUUAAACGUGUCCCUGGGAAAGGAAUUCACUGAGGGCAACUUGUAUUUUGGAGAUUUCCAGCAGGCUCCAAGCCCAGUGCCAAGGUACAUUGAGAUCGAGCACGUGGUAUCUCAUGGCUUGCUUCACCGGGGAGGGCAGAUGCACGGGUCACUCCCCAUCACCUCUGGGGAGCGCUGGAACCUCAUUGUGUGGAUGAGAUCGUCUGCCAUCCGCAACCAGCUCUGUCCCAUGUGCAACAAGAAACCGCAGCUGGUGGAAGCUGAGGGGUUUGGAGACGGGUUUACGAGAAGCCCAGAAGGGGACGAGCCUGAGACAGUGGAUUUAUGCUCUGUAUUGUAGCAGAGGACAAGGACUGAACUGGCCAGACUGCACCAGCUGAAGCGAGCUCCUGCCCAAUCGAACCACAGCGACCACCCCAGCACAGAGCAGGGAGUCAGACUUUACCAGCACAAGUGCAGUAGUUGGCCCUUGGCAAUGGUUAGCCCAGUUACCCAGUAUUGACUUAUGAGAGCCGCCUAUGUGUAUGCGCACUCAAGUCGUCCUCCACUGAGUACGUCAGGCUUGUUCAAGCUGCCCCAAAAGGCUGAGCCUUAAAAGCCAAACACAGACCCCGGUGUUGCUCUACAAGUGCAAGUGUUUCACUCCUUGCGGCUUCACAUCCCCGCAGAGAGCACUGAUGCUGCUGUUUCCAAACAAGCAGGAACCAGCUGCAAAGGCGAAAGAGUUGGAAGUGGAAGAGCUCUAAUGGAAGGCGAGCCGAGGCAGAAGUGACCCCUUCUGUGGGCCGUAGGGGUGUCCCUCUGAGCUGAGCACUGCUAUAAAUGUCACCAAGAGAGGAGCAAAUGCGGGAGUGCUGACUUGGGCACUGCAGCCGUCUGAAUUCCUGAAUUUGGCACUGAGGGCCCACUGCAAACGGCACAGAGACAGAUGAUCGCACGUCCCGGCUGGCUCUGGACCCAUCAGUUCAGGACAUUAAUUCCAGGCUGCAGAUCACGUACGCCAAGAGCUGAUAUUCAGGAUGCCAAAUCCCUCUGCCUUCGGUUGCCUCGCUUGACUCCACGGAAAACAAACUCUGUGUCCCAAAUACACAAAUACGCCAUUGUCAUUAUUAUGGGCCUCUUCGCUUCAUUUACUUUGGCUCCCAUGGUACCCUGUAUGAUCACUCUCAUUUGCAUAAUUAAUGAUGAUGAAGCAUCACUGUCAUAGUUUACGUGAAAAGCUUUAAUUUUAAACCUUCCCAGCAGAUCUGAAGCAUUUUGGGCUUGCUGUCUCAUUAGCGUGCAGCACUGAUGAGCUUUUUCAUUUGCAAAACUCAUUAAACCGGCAUUUUGGAAAGGGAAAACGCCGUUAGGUCUGCACGCUGAACCUCAGGCUCGGAACAGAAAGGAUUCUUAUUCCUCGCUGUUUUCUGCGUUGAGAAAACCAAUCACGGGCUCUUAAUUUCCUUCAGCCGGAAAUGUUUGCGCUUCUUAUUUGCAUUUGAAUUACCCCAAGAAAAUUAAGUUAAUGAAAGAGAAACCUGCCAGGCUGUCUGCUGCUGCCUGGGGGUGCGAAACUCAGCCUGCAAAUAGCUCAUUAAACAGGCAGGGGCUGGGGGAGUGAGCCCCUGCUCCUCCUCGCAGGCUGGCAGCCGGGUCAGGCUCUGCUCCUGCCUUUGCCCUUCAGUGGGCUCAACUCCUCAGGGUCUGCAAGUCCCCUUCAUGGCGGGGUUGCAGGGGCUGCAGACCCCGGAGGAGGCAGGGCAAGCCCCCGCCUCUGACCCCAGCCCUUCCCCUGGCAGCUCCCGGAUCACGUGGCCUGGCUCCACCGGGGGCCCAUAAAGGGGUCGGAACCAACGUGCCUGGGCCCGCGCUUCCGGCCGGGCCCCGCCCAGCGCCACACCGCGGACCGGAAGUGGGUCGGGAGAUCACCGCAGCAGCGGCGCUCGGCCCCGGGCACGGGCGUCCGGCCCCGCUCGGGAACCACUUCUGACAGCUAAAAGGAGGAGGGCACAGAGGCGGACGAGGACAUCUCCUGCCAACCCGAAGCAGGGAGGCCUGUUUGGACAGCAAAGGAGAGUUGUCUCAUGAACGGCAUAGUGGAGAUAUAGGG